GGUAGAUACAGACAAACAAGGGAAGCCGACAAUUUUUUUUUAUUUGGAGCUUCCCCUGCCCCCUCAACCAUCUCUUGGGAACAAGGGAAUACAGCAACGGUUUAAAGCCAGGGAGAGAGGGACCGAGAGAGAAAGAGAGAGAGAAAGAGGGAGGGAGAGACUGUUGAAUGCACUUGGUCGGUAUAUUCUAGGGUGAUCCAAAUCUUGCUUUAUCAGGCCGUCUGAGAGAGAGAAGAAGAAGAGACUGAGGAGAACAGAACAUGAGGGAGAGUCUUUCUCGGUCUGUUUUCAAAAUCGUUUCAUUCUUUUUUAGAGAAAGAGAAGAGAAAACAUAAGGGGGAGCUUUGGAGAGAGAAAAGCGAAAGAGGAUGGAGGGGGACAAGAGAAAGAGGGGAAUGAAUUAACUUAGAGACUACUAAGGGCUGUGGAGAUGUUUUUCCUUUCUUAAGAAAAAGACUUGUACCCAAAUAAGAGCAUGUUUUAACAUCUAAACAUAGUUGAUUCUCUAAAUGCUGUUUUUCCACCCUGCAAGUGAGCACUGAAAAGCAUAUGCGUGAAGAAAUCUGAUGGACGCGACUGAGAUAGAGAAAGGCAAGGCAGAGAAUUCUGACAUGGUGUCGACCCAAAUUGACAGAGUGGGAAGAGGAAGGAGUUGGAUAUUCAGUGAUAGACGCAUCUACCACCAAACACAGGUACACUCUGAUCAAUAUUAAGAUCAAUGAAAAUAUCCAUCGUCAUCAUCACAGAUUAUCAUUAUCCUGAUACAUCGUUCAUCAGUCUUUAUUGAUUUGAGACCUCAGUGUGGAGUGCCUAAGUAUUCUAUCAUGUUGCUGUUUAUUUAUAUUCUACUCUAUACAUUACAGCACCAUUUAUCAAAUCAUUGCAAGCUAUUAUUAUCAAAUUGAUCAUUUGAUUGUAAGCUAGAGAUCUUUGCUCAUUUUGUUAUUAUAAAUUAUCACUAAUAACUGUCAGCGUAAGAAUAUUUAUGGGGCACAUGUAUGAAUUGCUUCUAUUGUAUGAAAAACAAAAUAUCCUUUCUCUUUACAUUAGUGGACAAUUAUUAUAUGCCUACAAAACAGUCCUUUCUUUCUUGACAGCACAUCUGCUCCGUUUAAAAACAUAGAAAUAUCAGGAUAUACCAAAAUCAAAAUCUCUUUUGAAUAAUCUCUAAUACCAAUUACAACUAUAAAUGCUUGUAGUUAAAAUGUAAAUAAAUAAAUAAAUUUGCCUAUUACAGAUGUGCGCUAACAAUUAUAUUGUUCUUGAAAUAUGUGCCAUCAUGAUUUUUUUCUAAGCAACUGAAUAAUAAUAAUAAGCCAUAACACUGCAAACUUCUGUUAUAAUAACUACAAGCCAUACUGUCUCUCACCUCACAAUAAUCAUUCCUCUCUUUACUUUACAUACAGUCCAGUGUGUCAGGGAGUCACUUACUAGCUGUGUCACUGUGAGCAAGGUGUGUGGAUAUUGUGCAAAGUGGAGGUUACUGGAAGGGGGAGGGGACAGACACAUAAAGUGCACAAAACCCCUGUCUGUCAGAAUCAGAGGAGGCUGGGACCAGAGGAAAGAGCAUUACUCAGCUGUAGCUGUUCUCCAUGAAAAACUGUGCCUGUCGACCGCUUUGCAAAUUGUAUGUGUGACAGAGAAGAAAAUAUUUUGCACAGACUCAUGAAAAGGAAAGAGGAACUCAAGCAGAAGGAGCAACCUAGAUAAGCAGAAAUAGAGAGACCACAGCUGAUAGACUGGAGAGUGGAGCAGGAGCAGGGAUUUUUUCUUCCAACACAGUACUUCAGCUCCUCACCUGGACAAUACGGGCUCUCAAUACAACGUAAGAGGGAAGGCGAGUCAGAGAGUCAAGGGCAGGGAGUGGAAGAACAGAAAAAAACCUCCUGAGGAAGGAGAGAUAGUCAUCAAUAGAGAGAGAGAGGAGGGGAAGUUCCCCCUCUCUCGACCCAACUCGUUGUCAGGCUGGCUGACACAGCCAUGGCUUUCACCUUCGCGGCCUUCUGCUACAUGCUCACCUUAGUGCUGUGUGCCGCACUCAUCUUCUUCGUCAUCUGGCAGAUUAUUGCGUUUGACGAGCUGUGCACAGACUUCAGAACCAAUCGAUCAGAGCAACCCACCAGAGCGAGGGAAAGAAUUCUGAAUAUUGAAAGAAUAUGCAACUUGCUGCGGAAGCUGGUGGUGCCAGAGUACUCCAUCCAUGGGCUGUUCUGCCUGAUGUUCAUGUGUGCUGGGGAGUGGGUCACCCUGGGCCUAAACAUCCCCCUGCUCUUCUACCAUCUCUGGAGGUUUUUCCAUCGGCCGGCAGAUGGGUCAGAGGUAAUGUAUGACCCUGUCAGUGUGAUGAAUGCAGACAUCCUGAACUACUGUCAGAAGGAGUCCUGGUGUAAGCUGGGCUUCUACCUGCUCUCCUUCUUCUACUACCUGUACAGUAUGGUCUAUGCCUUGGUGAGUUUCUAAACACAGAAUAGAAGACAAAGCGACAAAGAGGAGAUUGAAAGACAG